GGCAAUGGAUGGCUGGGUGUCCUAGAUAUAAAGCCCCAGGACAACUGCCCUUAGACGGAAUCGAACCGGCAACCUCGUCAUUACUAGUGACGCGCUCUACCAUUGAGCUAUAAGGGCGGGAUGUUGAAAUACCAGGGCAGUAUUAGGGCUGAAGACUUGCGGUCUCUGUGUUCUGCAACAAUCCUAUCGGGAUGUAAGGACGGGGAUUGUGGGCGUUGGUGGAUCAUGCAGACAAGUCAGGGUUGGUUGGAUGGUUGUUGGUUGGAGGUUGGACGUCGGAGGGGCGGUUAGCGUGGAAGAUAUAAGCGACGAAUCAUGUGAUA